CGACUUUGGGGAGUGACACCACUCAUGGAUGUAUUAGGAGAACUCCACUCACUCCGCCCUACUUUCGUUGCGUUGCUAUGCGACAGUAGUCAGGUGACUGUCUGCAGACAGAACAUGGCUGACCUGUCAGAAGACCAAUGAGAGAAAGGCCAAACUUAGCAUAAUCGAUCUUAUUUUUUUAGUGGUUUGUGACCACAGUUGACAGUCGUGGACAGCGAUUGACCAGAGGUAUUCAAGAUGAGCGGGUUGCCAGAAGGAAUAGCAAAUGGCCCAAGCGCGAGUGAACAGAUUUGGGAGAGACCCUGGACUCUUGAAGAGAUGCGGCAGAGCAGUGCCAACUGGUCCUUGGCGGCCGACUCAGGGCUCUUCCUGUUCCUCCAAGACUUCUCCCAGAGAAUGCUGUCGAAGACACAUGAUAUUGAAAAGCAGUUGGACAGUCUGAUCCGUGACACCAAGGCCACAGAUAGCUGCUUGCACUCUGUUUUUAACGACUUUCUCAUGCUUUCCAAUACACAGUUUAUAGAAAAUAGAGUGUAUGAUGAAGAGGUAGAAGACACUAUUCCCAAGGCUGAUACUUUGGAGAAGCGUCCUGAGCAGGAGAAGACUCGAGAGCAGAAAGAGGCAGAGAUGAUUCCUAAGAUGCAGGAAGCUGUAAACCAUGGUCUGAAAGUGCUGGAAUCAGCCUUCGAGCAUCUGGACAUCAAAGCUGGAAACUCUGAUUCAGAGGAUGAGGAGGUUACAGACCGUGUGGAGGCCAUCCUGGAGCCCAAGGAUCUUUAUGUGGACAGGCCACUUCCAUAUCUGAUUGGUUCCCAUGCCUUCAUGGAACACGAGGACGUUGGACUUGGAGACCUCUCGAGUGAUGAAAUGUCAGUUGACAGUGACAGAGACAGUGUAAUUGACAGCGAAGAUGGCAAAGAAACAAUUCAUUCAGAUGAGGACUUCAAUCAAGAGGAAGGUGAAGGUCACAAUAAUAUUAGAAAGAAGUCAUCCAUGUUAAGUUAUGAGGAUGAUGAUGAUGAUGAAGAAGAGGAGGAUGAGGAUUCUGACAUAUUCAGAGAAUCAGACCGGGAUGAUGAUGAUGACACAAAGAACACAGGCCCAUCGUCUUUUGCUGAUGAGCUGGCAGCCCGAAUCAAAGGUGAACCACUUAACAAACCGGAAGGAGAUCGCGCAUCAUUGACAUCUAAGAAGAAAAGUAAAAGCAGGAAAGAACCAAAGCCUUCGAAGCCACAGGCAGCUGAAGAGGACAGAGAUGAUAUGUUUAAACCACCGAAGAUGGAUGAUGAUGACUUCUCCCCAUUUGGAGGGAAAGGAGGACUCUUCAGUGGAGGUAGAGGCCUGUUUGACGAUGAUGACGAGGGUGAUCUUUUCUCUGAGGCACCAAAACCUCCUGUGUCCGAAGAGAAAAAGUUGCUGAGUGAAAGCAUAAAUAGCCCAGCUGGAACUGCAGAAUGUGACAAACCUGGAAAGAAGAUUCCAGCAGGUGCCAUUUCAAUAUUCCCAGAUAACAGCCUCUUCACUUCAGGGAGUGACUCUGGUUCAUUGGAGAGCAAGGAGAAUGGGACUGCAGCUCCUAAGACCAAUGCUACCUCCAAACAAGUUCCUACAAGAGCUGGUCUUGGUGGAGGAGUAGGUGGGCUGUUUGAUGAUGAGGAUGAGGAUGAUGACUUUUUUAGUGGUAAAAGCCUGAAAAAGUCUGACUCUGCUGGACAGGAGAAACCCAAGAAAGCUAUUGACCUUUUUGACGAAGACAAUGAUGAUGGGGAUAUUUUCAGUGGGAAGUUCAAUGCGCCAACUCCAGCCCAGAGCAAGAAGGAGGUAUUGGAAGAGCAGGUUAAACAACCUGAGAAAAAGAUGCCGGCAGGGGCCAUCUACAUGUUUGGACCCGGGACUCAAAGCUUGCUCAGUGAGGGCCUGAGAAAAAAUCAGCCGUCUACCAGCGAGGAGUCUGAGAAAUCUGAGGAGAAUGGGCCAGCUCCGGAUGCUGCAAAGGCUGCUGUCAAGAAGACCAGAGGCCUCUUCUCUGAUGAUGAAGACACCCAGGGAUCUCCAGCGAUCCCUAAGAGCCAGUCUAAGCCUGAACCUACAAGCCAGGGCAAAACCAGCAAGGCCCCUUUGUCGUUAUUUGAUGAUGAGGAAGAAGAGGAUCUGUUUGCAUCUGCAGCUAAAUCUAAAGCAAAACCUAAUCAAGCCAAAGCCUCUACACCACAACCCAGUCUGUCCAAGGCUGUGUCCAGCUCCCUCUUCAGUGAUGACGAGGACCAGUGGUUGGGUUCUAAAAGUAGUGCGGGGAGAUCAGAGGUCAAGACAGGAGGAAUGAAGCCCAGUACCAGUGCCCCCUCCAGUCUCCCCAGUGCCAAACUGUCACACAAAAGCAGUCUCUUUGACGAUGAUGAUGUGGAUGAUCUGUUUGCUCCAACAACACAGUCAAGUCAAAAGAAGUCUCAGAGAGUUGCUCUCUUGUUUGAAGAUGAGGAGGCGUAUGAUGAAGAUAAAGGAUCCCUCUUUGGCAUCAAACCUGCUGUCAACACUGCAGCCCCAGCUGUUAAAACACCUGCUGUGGCCUCUAAGCCGUCCUCCUUGUUAGAGAAAUCAGAGGAGGUUGUAGUUUCUAGGACAGCAGCAGAGGACAAGCCUUCAGAGCAGGAGAAGCCAGCAGCAAAGAGCCCCGAGCUGCUCCCGUCAGCGACCUCAACACAGAUCAGCGCAGGUAAAAAGAAGCCUGCCGGAGCAGUCGAUCUUUUUGGAGGCAUAAACGUUCUUGCCAGCAAGCAGACAAACAGCUUGUUGGAUAAAGGUGAAAAUGACAACAGCUCCCUCUCUGAGGACAGCCCACCAUCAAGUGUCAAGAAGGAGGAGAAGAAGGAAGAAAAAGUCAAAACAAACACUGUUAGUCUAUUUGAUGACGAGGAGGAAGAUGAAUCUGAUUGGAAUGAGCCGAUAUUCACACCCAGUAAACCCACAGCGAGUAACACACUAAAGCCUACAGAGGAGCGGCCACAAGCAAAGAGCACAGGUGUGUUCCAGGAUGAGGAGCUGCUGUUUAGUCAGAAGCAGCAGAAGGACAAUGACCCAGAUGUUGACCUUUUUGCCACCUCUGAGAAACCUGCGAGCUCCAAGCUCAGCUCAGUGAAGCCGGCAGCACAAAGUCUGUUUGCAGAUGACGAUGAGGAGGACCUCUUCAGCUCUUUCAAGCCAAAAGCUCCUCCUCCGAAAGUAGCAGAGAAGCCCAGUACACCUAAUGACCGUGCGCCAUUAGCAAGUCCAGAGUCCUUAUCAGAGAUUCAGAAACCUGCACCAAGCCCUGUAAAACCUAAAGAUUCCUCAUCAAGGAUUGGGAAACUUCAAGCCAAUCUGAUGAUCAACCCCGCUGCGUUGCUCCCUGGUGCCGUCCCCAGUACGCAAGGAGCUGUAAGUGUACUCCCUGGAAUGGUUUUUAGUUCCUCUUCAGGGGUGUCCAGCUCCAGCCUGAGCCCCAGCCCCGCAACAACUCCAGUAGAAGCCCAGACUGACUAUGAGAGAGGAGUGAGCUUCGACGCCCCAGUCCAGGCUACAACACUGCAGAGCGCACACAAGAGUCGUGCCAAAGGUUCUGUACAACGGAGACCCCAGUCCAGAGCAGCAAGGCAGCAAGCAGCCCAAAGAUCUUUAAAGGAUAAAGAAGAGACUGUGGGUGGAGAGGUUCCUGGGCUGAAGCCCAGUCUGUCUGGUUUAGCCUUACCCCCACCAGACAGGUCCAGCCAGACAUGUGCCAGUCCGACACUACCUAACUCAGAUGCACCCGCAGCCUUGCCCGCCUCCUUACCGCAAUCCUCUCUCUCUGAAAUCUCCCCCAGACCUUCUGUACUGACACUGCCAGUAUCCACAAACGCUGGAAAGAAAGAAUCCAGUAAAGACAGCCACAAUACCAAGGUGCUGCCGUCUUCUCAUGAAGAUGAGCUUUUUGGCUCUGACGGUCUGUUUGGGGCCACAUCAGUCCCUAACACAUCCUCCACCAGACAGACUACCAAGACUACAGAACCUCAGGCCAGUAGUGGGGUGGGAUUGAAGAAAGACAAAGACAAAAGCACUCUUCCAUCCAUUUUUGAUGCCAACACUGAUGACCUUUUCCAAAAGGUCAAACCGAGGUCAACUACUAAGAAAGCCAUGGCCUCUUCUUUUUUGGAAGAAGAUGAGGAUGAUGAGGACAUCUUUGCAGUGAGCAACAGCUCCACUCCCAUAUCACCAAGUAGCAAAGAAAUCAAGAACAGCAGUAGUUUUUCAAAGCAGGGCAUCUUCCAGGAUGAAGUAGCCACUGUGCCUAAAGUUCACAAGAAGCACAAAGAGAAGCCCCUUGAUGCCAGCUUGUUCGAUGACAACAUAGACAUUUUUGCUGACCUGACGGACACUUUAAAACCAAAACAGAGGUCCAAGACGAAGGGAGAGACCAAGUCUAUAUUUGAUGAUGACAUGGAUGACAUCUUCUCACCAAACACAGUAAAACCAGUGACGAAGGCUACCCAUAAAUCUAAGAAAACACCAGUGUCUCAGGAGACCAGUACAGCAGCGGAUUCAAGUGACAUAUUUGAUGAUCCACUUAAUGCUCUUAGUGGAAAGUGAAGUUUCUGAGAAGCCAGAUUUGUACAAUUGUGGAUUCAUUAUUUUGUUAUUUGGAAAGGUUUGAGAUGGGAUACACUGUUGAUAGAGUAUUUAUUCAUAUGAAUUCAUAGAAAUACUGGGGCUUAUUUUUGGCAGAUAAAGACUCAAUGAAUGGAAUGACUCAAUGAAAACUAGUCCAGUCAUCUUCUGACAGCACUUCCAAAAUCAUCUCGUCAUCCGAUCAUAUUAUGUAACAUGUAUUAUAUAGUGUUAAUCUUUAUUAUACAUAAUAGCACUUUAUAAGCAUAUCAUGUGCUUAGCCUCAAAGCCUGCAGAAAUUAACAGUAAAUUGUUUUGUUUGUUUUAAAGAUGUUUAUCCUUUGGCUUGACCAUGUUGAGAUUCCAUUUCUUUUGGGUUUGUGCCAUAUCAUGGUUAUGAUGAAAUCAACGUGUUUACUUACUGUCUUUGGCAUUUUGACAAUGUUUUUAAUAAGAAAUUCAUCAAUUUCUUAACUUUGGCUGUGAUGAAAAUGAAAAAUUAAUUUUUAAAAACUAAAAAGAAAAAUAUUUUAUGCAAUCUGAAA